AACAGCUGGGAAGCAAGAAAAAGGUAGUGACAGGCAGAAGCGUGGUGGCAAUCUUAUAAUUUUUCGAUAUUUUGUUUAUCGAUAAUAAUUAAAUAUCCAUUUUCAGAUUUAGUACCAGAAAUCUACAGAAUUUUAUAAAGUUUUUGAACUUUAUUUUGUAAUACGUACGGGUAUUAAGUACGCGAGAAGUAAAUAACUGUAAAAAGGAACUAGUGAGUGUUAACUUGUGAAGUGUAUAAUAGGCAUAUCCCCAGAGACAUCCCUAAAAGGAAUAAACAAGCCGAAAGUGUGUUUCUGUUUUGUGAUUUAUAAACUUUAAUAUGUAUUUAUAAAGUAGCUCCUGUGAAGUCAGGGGCACCUGUAUCGAAUAGAAAGAUUUGUGAAUUCCUUGUUCAUAAUAUGUUAUGAACGGUUAUUAACAAAUGUCGAAUUGAAUUAUAAAUUAACUUCAUAAUUAUGACUCAACAAAGUUUAGGGGUGCGCUACGUUUUAAUUAGAUUGGGACUUUCAAAUUAUUUGUUAAAACAGUUGUGAAGUUGUGCAGGUUGUACAGUAUAAGUAUGCGUUUUAGAAAUAUGAUAUUUAUAAACCUAGACAGAAUGUCAAGUUUAAUCUUUUCUGUUAUGCUUACUUAUUCAAAAAAUACGAUAUUUUUGGAGAACUAUGCGUUUGCUCAGCAUAAACAAUGACCAAAACAUAGGUCGAGCGUUGCCGAAAAUGACCGACAAUUUUCAACAUGAAAGUAAUACAAAGUUACCCGAUUGUUUAGACUCGUAUUUGAAUCAUUCCCCUACAGAUAAUUCGACUUUCAAUAAUAUUGGAGCUCAAAGUAAUAUCCAUGUUUUAAAUGGCACAAACUGUUUUAAUUGCCCAGAAAAUGGUGAAGUAAGUUCUUCAGAUACAAACUGUCAAACAGCCGAAAGUGAGGUUAAGUCAUUAAAAGAAUGGUUGAUCUUGCACAAUGACCUAAUACAACAACAAAACGACGAAAUUCUUGAAAGGGAACAUCAAAUAUAUCUCUUACAAAAAGAGAAUGAGAUGCUCAAAGAUCGGCUUAAUUGCAUUGAGAAAGGUAUUCCUUAUGAUCCUGAUAGACAUUUCGAUACAGGAACUGAAAAUACAAUAAGGGAGUCUUUUCCAGAAGAUAUGACCCAAGAUUUAUGUGGACAAUAUGAUGAUGACACUAAAGAAAAUGUUGAACUAGUGAAUCCUCAACAAAGUGAUAAUGUGGUAACGUGUUCAUUAGAAGUGACAAAUUAUGAAUCGAAUCGUGUUAGUGAUGUUGAAUCUCAAGUGGAUACAACAAUAGAUGAGGACAAUUUUACUUUAGAAGAAAAUGAAUUCAAAAGUGAGGAUUAUAUUGCUAACGAACUAAGUAAUACUGCUGAGUGUAAUAAAGAUUAUUUGUCCGAAUAUAACUUUACGGUUAAUAAUUUUGGUGAAUCCGAUUCUAUGAAGAAUAUUAAGAUGAGUAUUCGAAGAAAAAGAGUUAGUAGUUCAUCUGUUUUAUCAAACACUGAGCCUGUGCUUAUGGGAGAGAAGAAGACUUUUAAACGUAUGAAGAAAAAAAGGAGGCGUUUAACAAAAGAUUCACAAAUAUUAACUUCCAAGGAACCAUAUAUUAUUUGUACCAAUGAGGAAGACCUAAAUUUAAGCAUUGAACCAGAAAUAGAAGAUCUGAUGAGUAGCCCAGCUCUUGAGGUACCUAGAUGGCGUGUUAAACAUUACACAAGUUGUUAUACUAUGGAAGGCACUGAGAAUUUAGAUGACGAAGUUUAUAAUAAAAGGCAUAUGCGAUUAGAGAUUGACGAACGCCGCAGAAAAAGGUGGGAUGUUCAGCGUAUUAGGGAACAGCGUGUUAUUGAGAAAUUAAAACAAAGACAGGAAAGGGUAGGAUCAGGCUCGAAAGGAGAAAACGAUAGUGAUUCUCCAACUAGUCUAUGGCCCAAUUUAGAGGAUAUUAAAUAUUUGGAAGUAAAUGACGAGUUACCAGUGUCAGCUUUUGGACAUCCUGUACCAAAAGUUAAUUACAACAAUUUUCAAUUACCUUGGCUACAAGAUCCAUCAGUCCUUUCAAGAAGGAAUAACGCAAAACGUUCAACAAUCGGAAGGCGGAAGCGUUCAAAAAUUAGAAGAUAGGAGACAUAUUUUUGAGGAGUUCUAGGUUUCAAAGUUUAAAGCUGUUUUAGAUGGAAUAGUCACCUAAUGCAGUUAGAUGUAAACUUUUAGUAGCCCUUCUAUGAUGAUUAGAUGAACUGUCUCACACACACAAAUGUCUAAAAAUAAAAACAUUUUUUGAUAUGAUUAAUAGUUGCGUUUGCUCUAUUAAAAAUUAAUUUUGAGAUAUAUUGUGAGGCCAUUUGAAAUAGAAUAUUAAAUAGUUUUAAAUUUCAAAAUACAAAAAUUGUAUCGAAUAAAUCUUAUCAUUAAAAAUUGCAACAGUUAUUUUUCUACAAGUUUUAUCAGUUAUAGCAGAAUUUUCUGUAAAAUACUUCUACAAAAGUACUUCGUUUCUACCUUUAGAAAAUAAUAUUUUUACCAUAUAGCUUAAAACCCCUGUGUGAUGUUAGACGUGAGCUUUUUUAUAAACUAAUGUGCAUAUCUCAAAAUGUUUGUAUUUUUAAUUUUACAGUGUACCAAAAAAGUUUAUCCAGAAUUUGGAACGCUCUGUAUAAUAAGCUGCUUUUUUAAUUUCUAUGACUCCAUCACCGAAAGAGACAUCUUAAUCACUAUGAACUUUUACAAUUUUUUAUUUCAUUUUUAUCGAGUAUCUUAAUUCGUUCAAAAGAGUGAAAAUGAUACUCCUCUGUACUAUAUUUUUAUAAUAUGCUUUUGAAUAAUGAUAUUACAUCAGAAGUAUUGUGUUAUAAAUUUACGUAUUAUUUUAAGUUCUAAGGUCUCAAUACUAUACUGGCAUGUUAACGACAAAUGCGUUAACUACAAUUGAGAUUCAAGUGUUUGAUUAAAAAAGACAAAGCUAUUUUACAUCGAGGAUAAAUUCGAUUCAUUGUAUAAAAAUGUCCUAUUUACAUAAUAUAUCUAUUAACAAACAAGAACUUAUUUUUUUAACGCGUCAGGUAAGGUUUUUUUUUGUUAACACGGCGGUAUAUUUUAUAUCAAUAUUAUUUUUAAGCUAGAUGUAAAUAUAUAUUAUAUUUUUUUUUCUUAUGCAAAUGUAUUUUAGAUAGAUGAUUCAUACAGCUGUGCCAAAAAGUUUGCAACACGUGGUAAUUUUUUGAACAUUGAGUUAUUGAAAAAAAAAUAUGCAGAUUUACUUGAGUAAAAAAAUACAAAAACAAAAAUAACAUGUUAUAAGUGAAGUUAGAUGAGAAUAUGUAAAAAGUGAGGUUAGAUAACAAAAUAUCCCAAAUUGUCUCGAAGAAAAGAAUUGUCCAAAAUUAGGGAUUUUUAAGAAAUAUAUAUUUUUCGAUAAAAAUAAAAGAAUGUAUAUUUCUCAGAUGAAAGACUAACGCAGUAAUUUGAUUUUACUGUUCUGUAAUAUUUAUACUAAAAAAUAUCAAAUUUCAGACCACCGAAUUUGUUGCAAUUGUCCACAGGAGACAAAAAUUCAAACUAACACAUUUAAAAUAACCUACACUUUGUAAAUGUUCCUAUAAUCUGUUCUAUAUAAAAAAAACGUUAGGUCAAAAUUUUUCUCUUAAGCUAUUUAGUACUACAGGCUUGGUAUUUUAAAAAUGGCUUUUUUGUCUUUUACAAUAAUUAUUUAGAGGACACUGAUGAAAAAUUAUUGUUUUAGGAAUUAUUCCUUUUGGAUUUACUUCGUUUUAUGCAAUUUUAGCUAAAAAUCUGAUUUUUUGAAAAAUAUCUAAAAAAUAUGUAUAUUUAUCAAAUUUGAAACAUAAGAUGUAAAAUUAAUUCCUAAAUAACUUCUUUUUGACUAUAUUCAGCUAUAUUUGAUGUUUUGUUAUUUGCCAAGACAGUUGUAUGACAUGUCAAAAUGUGUAUUUAUGGUAUUCGACGCGUUGAACUUCAUUUAUAUGUCCGGCUUUCUGCAAAAAGACUAGGCAUAUUAUAAAACUCCGGCAUUUUAAACAAAAGAAGGAAUUUUUACAAAAAGCCUAUUUAUUUUCAGCCGCUUUGCAAAAAGCCGAAUCAGAAUUAGGCAUAUCCUAAUCAAAAUUAGGCAUAUUAAACAAUGAAGAUAUUUUAUGUACACUUCUGCGAAAAGACUGCUUGUUUUUAGUCAUUUUACAUAAUGCCAAAUCGAGGCCGGACAAAUUAAAAAAUGUAAUCAAGUUUAGUCAGCUAUGAGCAUAAGCAUAUUGAAUAAUUUGUGCUUUAAUAAAAAAAUAUCACAUAUAUUACUACAGAACAACAAUAUUUUAUGUCAAUUAAAUAUAUUGUUAUACUCUAUAAUUCGACUAUGUGUCCAGAGCUGCUUCUUUGUGGAACUUUGCUGUGUUAGAAUAAAAUAAAUUUACUUUAUAAUAAUCAUCCUUAACCAUACUCGCAUUAACAAAAUCAUCACUAUUUUGUGCUAUUAUUUUCUAAUUUGGUAAGAGAAGUUCAAGAAAUAUCCCUGGAUAAAUUUAGGUUAGUUAUAUCAAUCCCGUGUAAAAUAUUUUGUGUAAUCUGACUAGUCUUCAUUAGGCAUUUUGAAGAAUGACUGAUAACAAGCGGUCUUUUUGCUGAAACAGGCAUCAAAUAUUAUCAUUGUGUAAUUUGAUUAAUUCUGUUUAGUCAUUUUGCAUAGGGACUGGAAACAGAUAGGUUUUUUUUGUAAAAUUUCCUUCUUUUGUUUAAAACGCCGACGAUCUAUAAUAUGCCUAGUCUUUUUGGAAAAUGCCCAAUUAUUCGAUACGCCUGUGACAUAUAUAAACUUUUUUUCAAUGUCCCAAUAAUAAAAAAAACAUAUAUUGCAAACUCUGUUGGACACCCUGUAUAAACUUCUCAGAAUUUAAACUUGGUACCUGACCAAAGGUCUAUAUUAACCAAAAUUAAAUAUUGUUAAGUGAUAAAAGUUUUUAUCCAGAAGGUGUACUUUUUAGGUAAAUAAUUAUUUUGUAUAUUCUGUGAAUUCUCUCUCUAUGAUAAAAAUGUUUCAUCACUUAAAAUUGAAAAGUUAUGUAUAAAAUAGCUUAAAUGUUUAUAUUAAUUAUGAUUUAGAGGUUAGUCCAGAUUUGUAAUUAACUGUAAGUAUAUAAAUCGCUCAUGUUUAUUUCAAGGUUUGUUUUGAAGACGCAAUUUGUUACAUGUCUUGAAAACAAUGUAUCUGGUUUAUGAUUUAUAUUUAGUUUUUUUAUUUGACAGUGCCAAUACAGGAAAUAUUUAUUUUUUAACGUAUCGGCUGCUGUAAUCUGGUAAACAAUAUUUGUAUGAAAUACUGGACAGAUUGACAGAAUGAAGUUUGUGGCUGUAAUUUAUUGUAUCUUAUUUACAACUAGCCUUUAGAAGUUUUUCUGACCAUUUAUAAUAAUUACAGGUUGAACCAAUCAAAUUGAUAUUUUUUAUAUGUAUGUUAUUAUUCUUCGGGUAUUAUUAUUUUAUAUUUAUUUUCAUUUAUUAAAGGUUUUUUUGAUUUUGAAAAAAUAUAUUGUCAGUAAAAUAUUGAUCAGUGUUUUUUAGAAUACUGGAAAAUAAGGAUUUCGUUUAAUGAUUAUUAAACAAGACAUUAAAAAUUGACCCUAUCAUAUAUUCUCUUGUAUACAGGGUGGUCCAAGUUGUAUUCGGGACACUCCGGCAGCAUAUUAUUUUCCUGCUAAAAAUAAAAAAGUUCAUAUAAAUGUAUGCCCCAAAAUGCUUCGUUUUGGAGAUUCAGGCUGUAGAAGUUUCAUUUUUAUGUCGUUUUUUUUUCCAAAAAAUUUCUCAACUAACGUUGAUAUUUGGAUGAAAAUUAGUUUGUGGGUGGUUGGCAUGAUAAAUUUGAUUUCGAUGUCAAUAUGACUCAUACUUGUAGGGGGCGCCACCUAUAUGUUUUUUAACUGAUUUGAAGAGCUAACUGACUUUCCGUCCGGAUCUGUAUCAAACUACUGAGUAAAAAAAUAUACAAUUCAACUUAAAUAUACAUAAUUAUUUGAAAAAAUCGAUAUAAAAAUGAAACUUCUACACUCUGUAUCUCCGAAAGGAAGUAUUUUAGGACAUAAAUUUAUACGAACUUUUUUACUUUUUUUAUCUGCAGAAUAUUCUACCGAAGUUUCAUAGUAGUUAAGUUCUUAUUGUAAUAACAUGAUAUAUGCCACAAAUCUAUAAUUCUGAAUUAUUAGACUUUUAAAUAUUAAUAAAUAUAAAUUUGAAGACGUUUUAGAGAGUUUAGUUUAACUGGCUAAGUAUUUAUCUAACAAAUUUGUUGGAAAAAAGGCAAGAAAAACACUAGUUUCUAGUUAAUAAAAGUGAUUUCUGGUUGAGUGGCUUAUCAUGUUAUUACAAGAAGGAGCUAUUAUAUCAGGAACAUUUGGUAAUUUUAUUUAUAAGUUAUUAUUGACUAAAAAAAUGGAAAAUAAAUUAAUGCACUGAUCUUUGGGAAAAUUAUGCAAAAAUAUGUUCUUAAAAAAGAAAACAGAAAUUACUGAAAAGAUCAAUUUAAUCGGUAAGAAUAUCCAUGAUAUGACAUGAAAA